ACAGGUGUGGAGCCAUAGAAUACAGGGUCCAAGGUAUUCCUGAGGAUGGGGCUGGGCCCAGGCUCCAUGUGUGGGGGUCACAGGCAGUAUGUGGCUAAGGGGGAGUUGGAGUCAUGGUGUCUAUACUGGGCUCUCCUCAAGGCCGUGGGACAGGAAGAGCCUAUAUUUCUGUGUAGAGCUUGGUUGCCCUAGAGCUGGGACUGGGGUGGGAAUUAAAGUAAUAGCUUCCUCUCAGAUGACUUGACGUCCCCAGCUGCCCAGUCUUCUGCAGGGCUGAGAGCAGCCCAUGUCGGGCCAUUUCUCAGUGUUGGCUUGUGGGGAGCCUUCACCCUGUGUGCACAGAUAAGUCUUGGUCCUGUGGGCAGAUUUCCUCCCUCAGCCAUGCAGUCUCUGAUGAGGGGUCCAACAUCUGGGUGGAUCUUGCCUUCUGCUGCCUGCCCCAGGGUGUUUACCAGCCUCUCCUGUUUCUCUUUUUAGCUCCGCAGAGAUGGGAAUUUACUGCAAGCCUUCUCUGCUCUUCCAGGACUCCUGCCUGUUGGUCCUUACACAGCUGCUUUGCUGGGUGACCGCAAAAGGCUUCUGGGUCUUUGGUCCCUCAGACCCCAUUGUGGCCGCACCAGGUAGGGAAGCCACCCUUCCCUGCUCCGUGUUUCCAGCCAUGAGUGUGGAGAACAUGGAGGAGCUGAGGUGGUUCCGCACCAGAUUCUCAGAAGCAGUCUUUGUCUAUCGGGACCAAGAGGAGAAGAAGGAAGAGCAGAUGCGUCAGUAUUCUUGGCGGACCUCGCUGGUGAAGGACCAGUUCCAUGAAGGCAAGGCUGCCGUGAGGAUCCAAAAUGUCCAGGAGUCAGAUAGUGGGAUAUACGUCUGCCACUUCAAACAGGGACACUUCCGUGAAGAGGCCAUCUUGGAACUGAAGGUGGCAGCGAUCGGCUCUGUCCCUGAAGUGUACAUCAAAGGUCCAGAAGAUGGUGGAGUGUGUGUUGUGUGCAUGACUUCAGGGUGGUACCCAGAGCCCCAGGUGCAUUGGAGAGACUCCAGAGGAGAGAAUCUCCCAGCAUCCUCAGAGACCCUCCAUGAAGAUGCUGAAGGACUGUUCAGCACAGAGACCUCACUGGUGCUGAGAGACAGCUCUGUGAGGAAUGUGACCUGCUCCACCUUCAAUCCCGUCCUGGGUCAGGAGAAAGCCAUGGCCAUGGUCAUCCCAGAGCCCUUCUUCCCUCAGGCCUCUCCCUGGAAGGCAGCUUUUCUCGUGAUCCUGACCAUGAUGGGACUUCUAAUCUCAGGGACAAUGCUUCUCAGAAGGAACAUUCUGGAAGAUUGGAGGAAAGCCGCCUACCAUCGCGGUUUUGAUCAGGUGAUGGCAGAGGCCCUGGCUGCUGACCUCAGCGGGAAGAGGAUAAUCAGCCAGGAGCUGUUGGCAUAUCUGAGUACUGGACAGGACCUUCCAUUUUUGUUAACUGUCUCGACAGGUAAUUUCACUCUGGAUCCAGCCUCUGCCCACCCCAUCCUUGUUGUCUCCCAAGAUAGGAUGAGCGUGACCCGGAAGGACACUACCAUGUGCUUGGAUGACCUCUUUUGUGUGCUAGGCACCAACGGCAUCUCUUCUGGAAGAUAUUACUGGGAGGUGAAGCUAAGGAACAGUGACAGCAGCACGUGGACUCUGGGGGUCUGUAGGGAAGGUGUGGAGAGGAAAGGGUGUUUCUCAGAGAGGCCAGAGAAGGGGUUUUGGACAGUGGGGCAGUCUAGUAGUGGGUAUUGGGCCUAUGUUGACUCUGGGAGGGCUUCCUUAGCCAUCAGGCAAGCUCCGCAGAGUGUGGGGGUGUUUGUGGACUAUGACGAAAGGAACAUCUCCUUCUAUAACAUGAGUGACAAGUCCCACCUUUUCUCCUUCCACGAGGCUUCCUUCUCAGGGACUCUCCUUCCAUACUUUCGGCUUAAGUCUGGAAAUAUCUCGAUGACUGUCAGCUCCAUGGCCUGUGUGUCUGAGGGGCAGCAGGAGGGAAGAGGAGAGAAAAAGGGGGGGGGAACAAAGGAGGAGGGGCAAAGAGAGAGGGAAGAAUUUCCCAUGUGGAUCACUGCUCAAGUCGGCAGUGUCACUCCUGUGUCAAGCCGCAGGUCAAAGCCUCCAUGA